UCAGAGACUGCCUGCAGGCCAAUUUGUAAAUGGUUUGUGGAGCUGCCAAUCAAAGCAAACGUCCUCUCCUUAGGCUGUGACUGCGAAACAUCUCAGUUGCUGUGUGGAGAGAUUUGACGGAGGGACGCUCCUGUGCGUGGACCCAUCAGUGCACCGCAAUCCGUAAUGCAUCGGUGAGGAUCUGCCACGGCGGAGAGGACGGCAGCGCAUGUGAAAUAUUGUGGACUUGCAUGUCAGCAGAGGAGGAACUGGUCGCCGGCUCCGCGGCUGUUUGUCUGUUUCUUAUCGCUUCUCUGCCCCCCGCCCUCCCUCACAUGUCACUCUAAUUAAUCGGAGGCAUGUGGAAUCGCACCAGGAUUACGAAUUGCCUCCCAAUAGUGUGCCUGCUGUUGACGUUAUGGACGAAGGUGUCCCAGUCAACCGGCUAUUUUGAGCUGCAGCUGAUCUCUGUGGAGAAUGUGAACGGCGAACUGGCUGACGGGGAGUGCUGUGAUGGCCCCAGGAGUCCCCAGGACCGGCGCUGCACUCGAGACGAGUGUGAUACUUACCUGAAAGUGUGCCUGAAGGAGUACCAGAUGGUGGUCACCACCACUGGGGCCUGCACGUUUGGAGCCGGAUCUACACAAGUGCUCGGUGGAAAUAGGUUUUCUUUGACCACCAAGAAUAACCCGAAUAAGAUCGACGAUGCCGGCAAGAUUGUGAUCCCCUUCCAGUUUGCCUGGCUGCGGGAGUUUUCGUUGAUUGUGGAGGCCUGGGACUGGGACAACGACACACGCAACAACAACGAGGAGCUGCUGAUUGAGCGUGGCGUUCACACUGGCACAAUCAAUCCCGGCGAUAGCUGGCAGACCCUCGAUUACGAUGGGCCGGUGGCUCGCCUGCUCUACCGCAUCCGGGUGCGCUGCGACGAGAACUACUACGGGAACAAGUGCAACAAGCUGUGCGUUCCUCGGGAUGACUACUUCGGACACUAUCGCUGCGACCCUUCAGGGACUCAGGUGUGCCUAGAUGGCUGGAUGGGCCCAGACUGCAGGACAGCGAUCUGCAGACGAGGCUGCAACCUGUUACAUGCCAACUGCUCUGUCCCAGGCGAAUGCGAGUGUAAGUAUGGCUGGAAGGGCCAGUUCUGCGAUGAAUGUCUGCUCCAUCCCGGAUGCGUGCAUGGCACCUGCAACCAGCCCUGGCAGUGCAACUGCAAAACAAACUGGGGCGGUCUAUGGUGUGACAAAGAUCUGAAUUACUGCGGUCGCCACCAGCCAUGCAUCAACGGAGGAACCUGCUUGAACACUGAACCAAACCUGUUUUUCUGCGCCUGUCCACAGGGCUACUCUGGAAAGAACUGUGAGAUAGCCGAGCACUCCUGUGUCUCCAACCCCUGCUCAAAUGGUGGGACGUGCCUUGAGGUUGCUGCCGGCUAUGAGUGUCUGUGUCCCCCCGGCUGGGAGGGUCCCAUCUGUGACAAAAAUUUGGCUGAAUGUGCGUCCAGUCCAUGUGCUCAGGGUGGGACCUGUAUCGACCUGGAGGAUGGCUUCGAGUGUAUUUGCCCCCCACAGUGGGAAGGGAAGACCUGCCAGAUAGAUGCAAAUGAAUGUGCAGGACAGCCCUGUGUGAACGCUAUAUCUUGCAAAAAUCUCAUUGGUGGAUAUCACUGCAACUGUUUCCGGGGAUGGUCGGGCCAAAACUGUAACAUCAACAUCAAUGGUUGCCAAGGUCGGUGCCAGAAUGGAGGAACCUGUAAGAAGGGGCCCAGGGGUUACCACUGCCAGUGUCCUCCUGGUUUUGUUGGCAGUCACUGCGAUCUCCAGAGAAAUAAAUGUGACAGCAGACCGUGCCAGAACGGCGGCCAGUGCAACACGGUGUUGGACGGUUUCGUAUGUGAAUGCCCACCAGAGUUUGGUGGUCAACUGUGUGAGAUCUCUCACUGGCCCUCCAACGAUGCUUGUGAUUCCAACCCCUGUGAGAAUGGGGCCAUGUGCCACAGCAUGGACCAGGACUUCUACUGUGCUUGUCCUGAAGGCUAUGAGGGUAAAACAUGUGAGCAUGUAAAGGAGACCUGCCAAACUACAACAUGUCAAGUAAUUGACAGCUGCAUUGUUGCAGUACCCGCCAAUGACUCUGGAGGAGUGCAGCACGUUUCUUCCAACGUCUGCGGUCCACGCGGGCGCUGCAUCAGCCAGCCCUCGGGCAACUUCACCUGCAUCUGUGAUCCGGGUUUCAGUGGCAUCUACUGUCAUGAAAAUAUCAACGACUGCGUCAGCAACCCAUGUAAGAACGGUGGGACCUGCAUUGAUGGAUUAAACUCCUUUCAGUGCUUCUGUCCGGAUGGCUGGGAGGGUCAGCUCUGUGACCUCAACGUCAACGAGUGCAGACACAACCCUUGCAAAAAUGGUGGACGCUGCAUUGACUUGGUGAAUGACUUCUACUGCGAGUGCACUGGUGACUGGAAGGGCAAGACCUGCCAUUCCCGUGAGAGUCAGUGUGAUGAAACCACCUGCAGUAAUGGAGGCACCUGCUACGACCACGGAGAUGCCUUCCGCUGUUCCUGCCCACCUGGCUGGGGAGGAAACACGUGCAACACAGCCAAAAACAGCACUUGUGCCUCUAGUCCUUGUUCCAACGGUGGGACGUGCGUGGGAGCAGGAGACACAUUCUCAUGUAUCUGCAAAGAGGGCUGGGAGGGCCUCACCUGUGGACAAAACAUUGAUGACUGCAAUCCUCAUCCAUGUUACAAUGGUGGGCUCUGUGUGGAUGGAGUCAACUGGUUUCGCUGUGAGUGUGCCCCUGGGUUUGCUGGUCCAGACUGCAGAAUAAAUAUUAACGAGUGCCAGUCUUCUCCCUGUGCCUAUGGAGCCACUUGUGUGGAUGAGAUCAAUGGCUUCCGGUGCAUGUGUCCUCUUGGUAGAUCAGGAGCCAGAUGCCAAGAAUUCAUAGGCACUGGGAAGACUUGUCACUAUGCUGGGCUGCAGUUUCCCCAUGGUAGCCAUUGGGAGGAGGAGUGCAACAACUGCCAUUGCAUCAAUGGCAAAGUGCACUGCACAAAGGUGCUGUGUGGUCGCCGCCCCUGCCGGCUCGACCAAUCAGAUCAGAAAAAGGAACAGAAAUCCUGUUCAGCUGGACAGGAGUGUCUGGAGCACAGCUACUACACCUGCUUCUCCCACCCUUGCGAUCAGUGGGGGGUUUGUUCGAUGGCUGGACCCCCACCUCCCCAAGCAACCACCAAGUGCCAGCCAAACAGCGUUCAUUUGGACAACAGCUGUGGCCGCAUAACUCUUGUUUUCAACAGAGACAAAGUACCGCCUGGGACCACUGUGGAGAAUAUUUGCUUUGAGCUGAGGUAUCUUCCUGACACCAGAAGCUUGGCAAAAGACCAUGCCCUUCUUAUUUUGUGCGACCUCUCCAAUUCAAAUCCAGAUGCUGUAGAGGUGGCUAUUUCUUUUCAGCCAGAGAAUCUCCAGGACCACAGUCUAAUCCAGGAGGCUGCCAGUGCCAUUGUGGGCACCUUAUCUAAGAGGCACAACAGCACCGUAAUGCUGGCAGUCAUAGAGGUGAAAGUAGAGAAACAGAUCAUGCCCUCUACAGUGGCUUACCUGGUGCCUCUUCUGUGCUCCCUCUUCUGUUUGCUCUGCCUCUUCUGCGUCAUUGUUUGUGUGUGGUGGACACGGAAACGGAGAAAAGAGUGUGAGAGGACCAUGCAAUCGGCUCCUGAUGGUAACGUAAACAACCAGUGGGAACCACUGCGCCUCGUCGUGGGACGUCAGCAGCAGCAACAGCUGAAAGAGAACAACAGGGAGGUCGAGCAGGAGCGCAAAAAGCUCAUGGGUCACUCCUAUCGGACGUGUGAUGAUGAGGAGGAGGAGACGGAGGGUGAGCUUGAGCUCGAGGAGUGUGGUGGAGCGGAGGCAGGAAAGGAGCUCAUUUAUAAGUACUCUAAAACUGCCGUGCAGUCCAGUGGGGGAGUGAUCUGUACCCUACACAGUUCCAGUUCGCCUCUUAAAGCACCCCACCGGACCCAAGGCUACAACCCUAAAAACAACUGCUGGAAAAAUGUCAGCGCUGUCUUGACUAGUCAGAAAGAGCUCAAAGACCAUUGUGUGUAAGAAAAUUAAAGAAAGAACAAUGCAGAAGCAAGCGAAGCUGCAAGGCAGCUACUAUUCUAUUAUGUUUAAGACUUCUUUUGAAAAGAAAACAAGGCUUUGUGUUUAAGAAGCCAUUCUUUGCUUUGGUUUAUGUUUUUGUCACUGUCGCCGAAGAUGAUUUCAUUUUUUAUUUUUAUUUUCCCUCAUUCAGGAGGUUCAAGCACAGUGAACAUCUUAUUUUUGCUCCUUAUUUGUUACUUUUCGUUGCAUACAGAAGGCGCUGAAAUGUAAUAUUAUUUCAGGAGGUGAAAGAAGCUCCCUGCUUUUUUUUAGUUAUGGAAUUCUGCUAUUUAACAUUUGAAUUAUUAAAAUGGAGUAAAAAAAAAGCUGUAAAAAGAUUGUUUACAGGCUGUUAUGAUUUUGUGAAAUGUCAGUGCACUCUAAGGAUUUGGAUGAAAAUGGACUGUUUUCUCCGUCACCUUCCAGCUUUGCCCACUGUUCCACCUGUGGCUGUCAUGCCUUACCAAAACAUUGGCCUGGAGGGGGAGAGGGGACAGAAACCCCAGUGCCUACUACGUGGCCUUCCAUGUUUUUUUUUGUUGUUUAUUUCUUUUCUCCUGUGUCUCAGUUGUCUUGGCUGAAAGCUGUAUUUGUAAUAUUUUGCAGUAUUUGAGUUGGUAGCAAGUGCCUUUUUCUGAGAGCUGUUGUGGCUCCAAGUCGUGUUGCCCAGUUUGACCUCCUUGUUCUCUGAUCUCGAAGGGAUUCUUGUACAUUAAAGAGUUCAAUUUCACAGCAAUGCCAUUCAAGGUAUUUGAUCAAAGCAGAAAUGACUAGUAUGCUGUACAUACUUGUAAAUACUUAAAUGAGUCGCUGUGUAUAUUUGAAAUAAGUAACUUAAAGACAAGUCACACAUUUUUAUUAUUAAUAUUUUUAUUUUUUUUUACAAUGUCAUUUCUUUUAUUUAUGUCAGUUGAUAUAAGCAGGUUUUAUAACAAUAUCCAGAGUCCCACAGUUCUUUACAAAGAGGUACCGCCUAUGAAGGAUUUUUUUGAAGGGUUUAAAAAUGGUUUGGAACUGAGAUCCAGUUUUUGUUUAAAUUUUGUUUGUAAUUUGCAGGAUUUAAAUUAUAAAACACAAUAAUUCUCUUAUAGUAAAAUACCUAAUUACUGCUAUUACAAUGCGGGAGGGGACACUCUUUAAGAUUCUUUUAAGCUUUCAUGUAACAAAAAGCGUUAAAGUUUUCAAACCAUUUCUAACCCCAUCAAAAAUCCUUUGAUUUCAGGUGCCUUAAUGUAAUAAUUUAUUACUUUCCUAUUUGUGUUUAACUUUUUUGCUGUUGGUUUGUUUCCACUUGUUAAGGAACCUAAUUUUCUCGUGUGGUGUAUGAUGGUGUGUUUUAUUCGCCAGAGUAAAACUCUCCAUUUCUCUCACUUGCUUGUCUACGGUUUGGAGAAAAUAAAAAUUCAGCAAUCCACAAUAGCAGUUCUGAAUGUGGAUCUCAGUGGGUCAAAUGUGGGUUUAGUGUAUUUGCUUCAUGUUUGGUUCAAAGGCAUGAAUAAAGGGAACAAUGUUUGCUGAUCCAGGAAUAUUUUUUGCUGUCAUGCAAAUGUGUUUUAUUCAGUUACCAACUCUAUUUCAAAGGGCAAAAGUUUUACCCCCUUUUUCACACCAUGUUGAUGUCUCAAAACGACAUUGUAUUUCUGUAAAUGGGACACAGCUAAAAUAAAGAUGCAUCAUUGUUGAAUAUGCAUAUUGUAUAUGAUUUUUGUUCAAGGGAAAUCAGUAAAAUUUGUACAAAGUAAAAAGUUUACCGUC